UUACCGUAAGGGAAGACGGAAAGGACGAGGGGGAGGAGGGUGUUUCAGAGGAAAGGGGACAUUCCUGGUGCAGUUUGCACGACGGCCAUCACCGCUGGAAAACUGUAACCAAUCUCUACAAAUAUUUACAAAUAUAGUCUCAAUUGCGGCGGGAAAAGCUUAUCACAGAACGAAAGGCUCUAUUGCGCAUCGUUCACAGGAAUCACCUCAUUUCCAUAUCUGCUCAGGCCGUCCCAUUUUUUCCCUCAAUUUAUUUAUUUAUUUCGCUUGAGAAAAAAACAUCGUUAGGCCACCACUGAGAUCCUGCUGAAAUACUAUGCAACGAAAAUACGGCGAUGUGGAAAAAAUUGCUUGACCAUAGAAAAAGAAUUUGCUUUGCAUAAAGGUGGAAUAAGAAGCGUGGCGGAGAAAGCAGGACUGGUUCGUUUCGGAGAGGCAGAGAAAGGAAGAGCGGACAUUGUAGCCUAAUCCUUGACAACUGACCAACACACAAGAUUGUGAUGAGUACAGAGUGGGUCAUUUUGUGCUUGUCCAAUGUUCAUUCUUUCACUUCAUCCAGUCCUCGUUGUAUCGUUUUCAUCACUGGGAAUAAGCUAACACGUUAAUCGGAGGAAAGAACUACGCAUUUGAUUGAGGCUUUAGUACGUCAUCCUCAGCGAUAACAGAACACAAUGAUGCCACGGGUGCACACCUAAAACAGCGCUCUGUACACCCAAGUCGAAGAUUAAAGUCACUGGGGAAAAUACAGGGCUUUUCAUGUUUACAACGAUUGACCAACGUUACGUUUAUUUUUUCGAUUUGCCGUGGAGUUACAAGAACAUUGUUUCCUAGGCCCGAAAACGGGAGUGUCGUGACUGAUAACACCAGCUUUACUGUAUUGACGAUUUGUGUGUGGUGCAGCUGUGUGAGUAUUUUGCAAUAUGCAAUUUUUUAUUUUCUGAAUGCGUUGUUUUGGUACUUGAACUGCACGCAAUUUGCACUACAUUUUCGGAUACUCAGUUGCAUAUUUUAUCAGCAAAAUGGGGAGCGACAGUGAAAUUUUCAACAGAGAGUUGUCAAAGAUGUCUGACGAAGACUUGCUCGCCUGCUCUAAAGAGGAGCUAGUUAGCAGACUGCGUAAAGAAGAGACAGAAAAGAUGUCAGCUCUUAUACAGCGUGGUCGACUCAUCAAAGAGGUAAAUAAACAAUUGCAGGGACAUCUUCUCGAAAUCAGGGAGCUGAAAGUUAUCAAUCAGCGACUGCAAGAAGAAAACCAGGAGCUGCGCGAUCUGUGUUGUUUCCUGGACGAUGACCGGCUCAAGGUGAAAAAACUGGCACGAGAAUGGCAAUUAUUUGGUCAUAACGCAGCUAAAGUGAUGCGCGAGGAUCUGGGUGGAUACCUGAAGAAACUAGCCGAUUUGGAACGCAUGCAAGACGGGCUAGUCAAGGAAAACCUAGACCUGAAAGAACUUUGUUUGGUGCUCGAGGAAGAGUGUGUCAGCCGAAGUGACUCCAGUCCUGGAGGGUCCACCGAAUUAAAUCUACCGUGCAUGGUGGCGCGGGACUUAGGCGAUGGCAGCUCCAGCACCGGGAGCGUGGGGAGCCCGGACCAGCUGCACUUGGUUUGCUCACCUGAUGACUGAAAUGCUAAAACGCCAUCUUUUAUCCUCACUACAACCCCAUCCUAUAGUGAAGAUGAAGUAAAACAGAACUGGAGAUAAAAAUGUCUACAGUACGUUCAGAAAUAAGAUAGUUUACAACUUGUAAAUGUUUUGUGGUUCCACUGAGCUUUGUUGGAGCUGCCAAUGCUUUCCAUGUAGGGAGAGGGAUUGACUAUCACUAUGACAACAACAAGGUCCUCACUCACUGAUCCUCGGUCUAAGCAGUAUUACCUUUUAAGACAGUGAAUCAACUCAAUACUGGAUUUCUAUGAAUUGGUGAUAUGCAGGCUAUCCAGAUAUUUUUACUGCGAGCUCAGGCCUUUUCAUCUCCUAGUUUGUUUUCUUUUUUCUGUAAGAUUUAAGAUGACCUUUUAUUUUAGAAGGAACUGUAUGCUGAAAUGAAAUGUACAUUUUAUCUAAAUAUAAUGGACUUUCCAUGGAAGGAAAAACCAAAUCGCUGACUUUGCCCAGGUUUUCAACACGUGCACUGGACUACAUGUCAUUGUGGGCUAAUUUUUUACUGCACUGCACUAGACAGGUCUGUGGGCGAAUCCUUUAAACGAUUUGCGUGUUAAUCCUGAUUUGAGCCAUAAUGAUCUAUUUUAGAUCAGAUCAAAAACCACUGAGCUGAAGUGGAGGGCAAAUUGUGAACGGAAUCAUAUCAUUGAAACCAGAUGGCAAUGCAGAGAGUUGAUUAAAUGGUAUUUAGAUGUUUGUAACUUUAAAAAACAGAGUUGAAAUCACUAAUCAGGUUCUGGAGGUGCUCUCAGUAUUACUCAGCAAUUGCACAUGUGGGGCUUAACUGCCUUGGUUUAACCAGGAGUAUAUGAUACACAAGAUCCAGCUGUGCAACACUGAAAGUUAUGUUCCUGCAUAAACGGCACCAAAAAGACCAGAGAAAUCUUCUGUGCUCUCAUAAUGAUUCCCACCAUAUGCUGGAGGAUUUCACUGCACGUAGCUGUACUAUAUUUUUGUUGAACUGGAUUUUCCCAAGACUGGAUUUUUGGCACAUUGUAUUAGGUUUAUACACUGGUAAUUUCAAAAAUGGAUAAGAUGACAUUUCACAUUGUAGAUUAUUGUUAUUAUUAUUAUUAUUACUACGCAGAAUAAGUUUGGCUCACCAGUCAUUUGUUUUGUGUUAAUUUUGCAAAAUGCUUUUAAAUACCAGUACAACUGGCAUGAUCAACAUCACUUCGGUGACUGCUAUUUUAUUGUUCUUUUUUUCCUUUUUAGCAUAAAUCCUAUUGCCUAGUAAUAUCAUUGUCUCUGGCUAUAACUGUUGGGCUAUGCUUGUAGUGUAUUGGAGAGCUUUAAAAUACACUGAUUGACACACCCAAA